GAGGGGGGAGUAAACACGGAAGUGGUCACCUGUCAGUCUUCAGCACUAUCAGAGGUUCAAAACCUCACCUUUAAAGCCUCAAAACGUGCCUUUCUUCGCCCGGUGCAUGACAACUCCUAUCUAUGCAAGGCCAGUGACUGACGAGUGGAAGAUGGAAGAUGAUUCAGAUUCAGUGCAACUCGCCAUCCGCGAACAGAUCAGAAACAUCAGCAACAUCAUCAUCAAGCAAGCCACCACUCAAAAUCCCUUUGCUAAGUCUUUACCGUGUAGUAAAUGUACACGGAUCUAUAAAUCCAAGAUGUGCCUGUAUAAACAUCUCAAGAAGGUGCACCGCUUUCAUGUAGAUGCUGCUGCCAAAGAAGCUGGCUUGAAACAUGUCGGGAUUAACAGACUAGAAGCUAUAGGACCCAAGGGUAUAAUGGCAGGAAGUUCUCUUAAAUGCAACAACUGUGAUUUUAAAACUCGGUCAUGGUUUCUUUUAAAUGAGCAUGAGAAACAGUGUGAGAAAACUGAAAAUUCAGACAUGACUGGAACUGCAAUCGUAGCUGAAAACCCAGAGACAAACCAGCACAAUGGAGCCGCAGAAACGGGGGAGACUUCCUCAGUUUUUUCGUCUACGUCUACCUCAGAAACUCAGUCCAUGCUUAGCUUAUCGAAGGAUCUGAAAACAUACAAGAGGCCAUCGCAAACCACCAACAAGGAUCAGCUGUCUGACGACCCUCAAGAAUCUCCAAUUUUACAUAAAAAACCCUCAAGUUCCAGCUCCAACAGCACUGGUGUUAUUAAAGUCGCUGAAACGACUAACAUUGACAUGACCACUUGUGGUUCAGACCUAUUUUUGCACGAUGGCCACAUUGUGAUUUCUAAAUUGAGCUCACAGAACCCCAACGAACAAUGCAGAGAAGCAGUUCAAAACAAUUUCGGCAUGAAGACCAGCAUGGACACUCCCCAGUCUCUUGCUGCUAAAGAAGCGAAAUCAGGAGAGGAGGUGACAACACUUCCAGAGGACAAAGACAAGAAUACACAACCCUCCUGCAGAACAACGUUUUCAUUUGAAGUCAGUGACGAUGAAGAGGAGGCGAAAAAUCUCGGUAAUGCAUCAGGAUCAAGUGGGCAACCUCAUGUGAAGCUGUCUGACGACCCUCAAGGAUCUCCAAUUUUGCAUAAAAAACCCUCAAGUUCCAACUCCAAGAGCACUGGUGUAAUUAAAGUUGCUGAAAAGACUAACAUUGACAUGAUCACUUGUGGUUCAGACCUAUUUUUGCAAGAUUGCCACAUUGUGAUUUCUAAAUUGAGAUCACAGAACCCCAACGAACAACGGCGAGAAGCAGUUCUAAACAAUUUCGGCAAGAAGACCAGCAUGGAAACUCCUAAAGAAGCAGAAUCAGGAGAAGAGGUGACAACACUUCCAGAGGACAAAGACAAGAGUACACAACCCUCCUGCAGAACAACGUUUUCAUUUGAAGUUAGUGACGAUGAAGAGAAGGCGAAAAAUCUCGGUAAUGCAUCAGGAUCAAGUGGGCAACCCCAUGUGAAGCUGUCUGACGACCCUCAAGGAUCUCCAAUUUUACAUAAAAAACCCUCAAGUUCCAGCUCCAACAGCACUGGUGUAAUUAAAGUUGCUGAAAAGACUAACAUUGACAUGAUCACUUGUGGUUCAGACCUAUUUUUGCAUGAUGGCCACAUUGUGAUUUCUAAAUUGAGCUCACAGAACCCCAACGAACAACGGCGAGAAGCAGUUCAAAACAAUUUCGGCAAGAAAACCACCAUGGAAACUCCCCAGUCUCUUGCUCCUAAAGAAGCGAAAUCAGGAGAAGAGGUGACAACACUUCCAGAGGACAAAGACAAGAAUACACAACCCUCCUGCAGAACAACGUUUUCAUUUGAAGUUAGUGACGAUGAAGAGGAGGCAAAAAAUCUCGGGUGCAUGACAACUCCUAUCUAUGCAAGGCCAGUGACUGACGAGUGUAAGAUGCAAAGUGAUUCAGUGCAACUCCCCAGCCCAGGUCACAUCAGGGAUGUCAAAAAGCAAACCGCCACCCAAGGGUCCCUGGUCGAUUCUUUACGGUGUAGUAAAUGUACACUGAUCUUCAAAUCCAAGGUGUACCUGUUCGACCAUCUCAACAAGGUGCACUGCUUUGAUGUAGACGCUGCUCUCAGAGAAGCUGGCUUGAAAUACGCUGGGACUAAAAAAGCCAACACUAGGAAAACCAAUAGCAAAAGUGCAGGAAAGUCUUUUAAAUGCGACCACUGUGAUUUUAAAGCCACUUCUUGGUUUGUUUUAAAUGAGCAUGAGAAACGGUGUGAGAAAACUGAAAAUUCGGACAUGACUGGAACUGCAAUCGUAGCUGAAAACCCAGAGACAAACCAGCACAAUGGGGCCACAGAAACGGGGGAGACUUCCUCAGUUCUUUCGUCUACGUCUACCUCAGAAACUCAGUCCAUGCUUACCUUAUCGAAGGAUCUGAAAACAUACAAGAGGCCAUCGCAAACCACCAACAAGGACUUUGCAGCAUCAUCUGGAUCAAGUGGGCAACUCCAUGUGAAGCUGUCUGACGACCCUCAAGGAUCUCCAAUUUUGCAUAAAAAACCCUCAAGUUCCAGCUCCAACAGCACUGGUGUAAUUAAAGUCGCUGCACAGACUACAAUUGACAUCACCGCCUCCGGUUUGCACCUACUUUUGCAAGAUGGCCGCCUUGUGAAUUCUGACAUGAGAUCACAGAACCCCAACGAACAACGGCGAGAAUCAAUUCGAAACGUCGGCAAGAGGACCAGCAUGGAAACUCCCCAGGCUCUUCCUGCUAAAAAAGCUAAAUCAGGAGAAGAGGUGAAAACACGUCCAGAGACCAAAGACAAGAAUACACAACCCUCCUGCAGCACAGAGUUUUCGUUUGAAGUUAGUGACGAUGAGGAGAAGAACCACAGGGAAGAACCACAAAGACCAAAAGUUUAUUUCUGUAAGCAGUGUGACCACAGCAGUGUGGACUUUAGACGUGUGUGUUCUCAUUAUCAGAAUGACCACCCUUACGUCCGGUACAGGGCAGUCUACAUCCUCAACGUGAAAGAUCAGAGUGCAACCUUUCGUUGCCUUGAGUGUCCAGUUGAAUUUUUAAGCACAGUUGACCUCAAGUGGCACUACACGGAAAAGCACCCAGAGGCCCCAGAUAUAUUCAAGAUGAAAUCAAGUGAGUUCAACUUGAUUUACAAAUGUUUUGAAUGCCCAUUUACUACGAUUGUGUCGAAUGCAUUGAGGCUUCAUUACGAAAAAAAGCAUCCAUUACAUCAAUUGGACAAUUCUUUGUUGUUCUGUCGAUAUUCACUCACCAAAUGCCAGGAAGAACCAUGUUUGAAAUCGCUGGAAAAAAAGGUCAGUCCACCAAAAUCAGGAGAGAUUACUCCUCAGAAGGCAAAUGCACCAUGCGAGAAAGUCCAAAACACGCCUUCUCCCAAACACCCCAGCUCCAAAGGAUUAGACACGGUUUUGCUUCAAUGUAAUAACUGUGAUUUUGUCCAUAAGUCAGUGGUUGUUAUGCAUGUUCACUAUCAGAAAACUCACCCAGAUGAAGCAAUUACAAUCGAUAAGAUCCGACAGUUAACUUUUGGCACAGCACUUACAACGCUGCAGGUGACGCCUAAAAAAGAGUCUCCAAAGGAAGCAACAGGUGAACAGAAAGACCCACAAAGGAUUUCACUGUCUGUGCCUGAGCAGAAACCAGAGACGUCCAAGUAUCAUACAGAGUCUCCCCAAAGUAAGAAAGUGGAUUCUGUCAGGGUUAAAAGCAAAAGAAAGAUGUCAUCUACACAGACUCCAGAGAAGAUGACUCCUGAGGAAAAGACUCCUGAGGAAAAGACUCCUGAGGAAAAGACUCCUGAGGAAAAGACUCCGGAGGAAAAGACUCCGGAGGAAAAGACUCCGGAGGAAAAGACUCCAGAGGAAAAGACUCCAGAGGAAAAGACUCCUGAGGAAAAGACUCCUGGUGUGGCCGAUUUGUUGUCGAGUUUGUCAGCUGAAUGGUUUUACUGCACACUUUGUGAUUACUCUCAUCCCAAACUCAGAAGUGUCGUCAAUCAUUGUUGUUCAAAACAUAGUAUGGAAAGAAGAAUAACUAUGGAAGAUAUCAUAAAGCAUAGUGUUGAGGAACGUAAAAGGAAACCCAAUCCCAGAGCUAGUAAACGAGUGAAAGCUCCUACCAGAAGAAAAGUUUCCGCCGACGUCUCUCUGGAAAAAUGUAAUCCUUAUGAAAAAGCAGAAAUGCUCUUUUUCUGUCCGGAGUGCAACAAUGGAAAUCCCACCCUUGUAGGAAUACUUGCUCAUCAGCUCCAGUCCCACAAAUGGAAGAAAACGGACCGUGAGCGUAUUCUUGAAUACACAGCUUGGAUGCGUAAUGAGAUCGAAAAAUCCAAACUUGAUCCAAAGGGCUCCUCAUCUGCAACCCGGCUGCCUCUUCCAUUAAUGAACGAAGGUGAUGAAAAUAAGCUGUUUUGCCACGUGUGCAACUACAGACGUGCCAAUAUAAAUCUGGUAUUGCGGCACUGCUACAGGAAUCACCGGGGAUUUCCAGCUCUGGCUGAAAACAUAAGACGGUAUACCGCGCUGGUUCUCAAAGAAGUGGUGGAACCUCACCUGAAAAAGGCUGCGAACCAGAAGAACAAAACCAAGGCGGCAAAGAAACUCGGCACGUCCUCCAGGUCGGUGCGGCCGUCAACAACGGACUCCACUCAGCCGUCACAAAGAACACUUCAGUGCUGCAUGUGCAAAUUCGGUACCGAGUGUGUGUUUCUUCUGAAGAGGCAUAUGCGUAAAGUCCACAAUAAAAAACGCCCGCACAGAAAUAUUAUAAGGAUGUGUUUUCGGCAGGGGAAUUUACAGUCUGGAUAUCACUGCGAGUAUUGCGUUUUUAGCCACGAAGAAGCAGAAGCCGUUAACACGCACUACGAGGAGCAGCAUCCAACACGCCUGUGCAGCCUUAAGUAUGUCAGAACUGAGCUGUACGCUGGUCCCGAAGAGCAGCAGACGAAUACAACGCUAAAGCCAGCAGCUGCAGCUCGAAGGGCAGAAGGAGAUGAACGAAAGAUGUUUUCCUGCAGCAUUUGUUCCUUCACGAGUUCCUCCAAGUGGAAUAUGGCACAGCAUCGUCAGAUUGUCCAUUCUUUGUCCGCAAAAGAAGAUGGCUCGGAUGUCCAGGAGGACAAAAAGGCGAGUGCGAGCAGCGAGGUGGAAGACCUCAACGAUAUGCCCGGGUUGUUUGAAGCUUUCCAAGUGCCUCUUGAAGAUCCCGAAGAAGAAACAGCAGGUUGCACAUUGUUCAAGUGCCCUUCAUGCCCCGCGAGUUUUAACAGCCAGCGUGGCGUCAGCGUUCAUCAGGGAAUAAAGCACGGGGGCUUGGUAAUCGAGGAAGAGCCGGACAAAAAACAAGUGCAAAUCCACAGGCGGGUGCACGUUUUUAAGUGUCCCCACUGCCCUUACGUCAACACCGCCUACCAGGGAGUUCUCACGCACUGCCAGAUGAGGCACCCGGCUCUCCCCACCAGGGCGGACAGUCUUCACGUGGACGUGACCCAGCUGCACAACCACGACGAGUACACGACCAAGAAAGAUUCCGGGGAAACCGUGAAACUAACCGGCUACAUGUGUAAAACCUGCCAGAAAAUCUGCGGAAGCUCCAAGAAACUGAACCAGCACCGCGAGCUGCACCAUAACGAGGAUUCGCCGGGUUCUGCGUCCAACGCGUUCAGGGCGGCUCCUCAAACGUCGGCCGUCAGUAGAAAGUUGCUGGCCAAGGCCAGCGGCCUCCAGAGAGUCGCGUGCCAACACUGUUCCUUCAGCUGCAGGACCGCCAUCGGCCUCAGUCACCACAUUCGUAUUCGCCACAAGCACCUCUCCUCAACGGACUUUGUCUACAAGUGUGCCCUGUGUCCCCAAUUUUACUUCAAUAGAAAACAACUGGGAAGCCAUUAUGCUAGGAAUCACGGAAAGAAUGCUUUCAUGAAAUACUACGUCCCGGUAUGCAAGAAGGUUCUGCAGAUGCCUGCGGCCCCGUCUCAGGACGUCCCGUCAGCUCAGCAGUUUACCGCGGAAGAAGAAGAAGAAGACGACGGCAACAAAUUAGUCUACAGGUGUCCGGACUGUCCGUACGUGAACAGGAGCUACCACGGGACGCUCACUCACUGCCAAAUGAAGCAUCCCGACCUCGUCGUGCAGGCCACCGGACUGGAGAUCGGGGAAAUAGCUGCGGGCAGCGUAGUCGGUAGUCCCUAUGAAAGAGGGUACCAGUGUAAAAAAUGUCAACAAAUUCACGUGUCAAUGAAGAAAUUGAAAGUCCACUGGCAGAAGAUGCACGGCGUCACGGCGGUUUCUGAACAACGUACCAACGCUGAAGGAGAAGAGCCGGACGACAGCUCUCGGGGUUGCAGUUCCAGCCCUCCCCCUCCCGGGGAAACCCCGCCAGGCUUGGAGGCGGCGAAGAAAAAGACAUUGUACAAGUGCCAAAUCUGUACCUACUCGGCAGCCUUUCGUGGCUACUUGCGUUGCCACUACAAGAACACUCACAAAUUGGAUGCACUAAGCAUGGACAAGCUGCUGGAGAGAUACAACAAGCGUAAAUAUAAAUCCAUCCCCCGCCCGGCUUAUUCUGGGACAAUCUCCAAGCACACGUGUAUAGAGUGCCCAGACUUUUCUUUUGAUUCAUCUCAGUCACUCAUUGACCAUUACGAUACUCAACAUCGCUUGAAAUUGAAGUCGGACUUCUCUGUGCUGUCGACCGGAGCGAAGUACAAGACCACUGGGAUUUACCGGUGCCGCUACUGCAUGUCACAGUUGAAUGGAAUUAAAAAACUCUGCCAGCACCUGGAUCGCCACAGAGACACAGCGAUGCAGGCGUUUGAGGCUGCAACGAAAACGCCACCGCUCGUCUGUGCCACGACGUCGGAUCCUGAAUCCUCCCAACCCUGCAGACAAGACGAGGGGCCCGCGUUUGAAAGCGCGGCCGAGUUGAACGUGACGUCGCUGGACUCGGUCGCUCAUUCUUCGAGCUCCCGGUCAUCGCCUUCAAAGGUCUCCGUCUGUGAACCAGAGGGGGAACCAAAAGAAGCUGACGCAUUUGCUUGCGAUCAAUGCAAGAGGACGUUCAUGUCCAUGAAAGGUCUGCGCUUGCACGAGCACAGCCACGCGGCCACGGCAGCGAUCAAGAAACUGAACACCGUGCCCUCGUCACAGUUCAACAUCAACAAGUACGUUGUGCAUAAAGCUGGGAUACUGAAGGGUUUCCUUUGCGGUUGCUGUUCCUAUCGGACGAAUUUGAUGGGUCUUUGGCGAUGUCACUUCCUGAAAAACCAUCAAGAUGUCAUCCAGAAGGAUAAUUCUGGGAUCAAAUGCUUUGAUGAGAUCAGUCAGACGGCUGAGGAGGAGCUUUCUGAGUCCGAGAAAAUGAAUAUGCUGCAGGAAUUCGAUGAAGAAGCUGAAGAGUCCGAAGCAUCCGUGUACUCGGAGCCCCCAGAUGUGCAGCGGCAGUUGAGCCACUACAGCUCGAGGGCACAGAGUAACGACAACUCUGAGAACACGCAGCGGCCGCUGGAAAGCAGUCUGCUUCACUGUGAAAUCUGCAAUUUCGAAACGAAACACCUUUCGAGCAUCCGACGCCACUACCAGAGCCGCCACGGAAAGAAAAUCUUCAAGUGUAAAGAAUGCGGCUUCGUCGCGGGUUUGCGGAAAACCUUCCAGAUGCACAUCGAGGGAGGCCACCACAUGUGCCAGUCUGAACCCAGUCACCAGAAAGACCUGCGCUGCCCCUUCUGCCUCUACCAGACCAAGAACAAGAACAACAUGAUCGACCACAUCGUCUUGCAUCGCGAGGAACGCGUCAUGCCAAUAGAGGUGCGUCGCUCCAAACUGUCGCGUUACUUGGAAGGCAUCGUUUUCCGCUGUCACAGAUGCACCUUUACAUGCGGCAGCGCCGAAAACCUGCGCCUGCACAUGACGAGGCACGAUGACGUCAAGCCCUACAAGUGCCGGCUCUGCUACUUUGACUGCAGCCACCUGAGCGAACUAGAGGCACACCUGAAUGAUAAGCAUCAGGUUUUGAGGAAUCACCAGCUCGUGGGUCAGGUGAGCCUUGAAAAGCUGGAGGCGAGGACCGGCAGGCAAUCAGAAGAGGAAGAGGAAGAGGAGGAGCAACACGAGACUGGUUGGGAGGACGUGGAAAUGCAGGACUUUGCUCCAGACUCUGAACCUCCACAAGAUAAUACCCAGACACAACACACCAGCACGGAGACAAUAAUACCUCACACCAAGGAAGCCGAUGGGACGCAUGAGACCAGGGAUGUCGGGGUUAACGCAACGUCAUACGCCGAGGAGAAGGACCUGCAAACACACGCCGCUGCGCUUUACUCUGCAAGAGUGGAGAGCAGUGUAGAAGAAAAGGCUGCAAUCGUCAUGUUGGACAUCGGCACCAUUACCCCCAGAGGUCCGGAGAGAGGGGACCCGUCGGAAACUGAACACGGAGACGAACAACACGAGACGCCAGGAGAAGGGAGCUCAACAUCUGUCCAACAGGGGAAUACGGCAGAGUCCCUCAAGUUACAUCUAAAGAUAUGCCAGCAGAAAUCACUGAACAUUCAGGCCAGGGUGGAAGACGACAUACUGCGGCAGAUUUCACUGAUGGGCGAAGAUGACGGCAUGUGCAAAACGCUCCACAGGCCAGAGGAAAGUGUCAGGCUGGAGCAGAGCGGCGGAAGUCGGGGUUUAGAAAAGGAUCCCAGUGAAAACCUGUCGCAAGAUAAAAACAACGGCAGUUUGGACCAGAACUCCAGAUCUCAAGUUACCGCAAACUCUAUUUCUACCUCAACGAGGAGGAACUACGCACCGGCCAAUAAGAUCAGGCCUCAGGCGGGGUUCAGGUUUGAGAGGCACGAACUGACUCUCUUGCCCAUUCAUAGACAUUUUAGCCUCGGUGACUCGUUUACAAACUAUAGAAAGGAACAGCAGAAACCUCCGAGAACCGUCGAGGUGAAAGCAGAGCCCGAAGGAGAAAUGCCCGUCCUUGAGAACGAAUACCUCAAGAAGGAGCCGCUGGCUCUUGAAAUAUGCAAAGAGGUGGAGGAGGAGGCCAUUGUUCCGGACCAGAAACAGGAGCCAGAGAAUGAGCUGAUCACAAAGGACCAGAGUGAUCAGGAUGAUCCACAUGUGGACAAAGGUGAGCUCAACUCCAAAAAUGGAGAAACUGAAGAUCUGCAUCCUUCAUGUGCAGAACAGAAAGGCUUUACUUGCAAGUUUUGCGGGCGCAGCUUAAGGACCGUGUCUGAGCUCGAUCUCCACGUGGCUCGUCACGGAUUGUGAGGAUUUUCUUCCUGCCGUGGACGAUCCACGCAGCUCCCGCCGUCGCAAACGCAGAACUGCCUUUUCAUACGAGGUGUUGAAUGUAUUGUUUAACUGGUUGAUGGUGAGCACGCAGCUCAAAAUAAAUGAUCUUCUGCAGAUUUUAAACCGUUUUGUUUUAUGAAAACAUUUUUACACAACAACUUUUACACUUUAAUUUGAUUCAGUCAGUGAAAACGGGAUAAGACUUUCCCCGGGUCAUGGUGUUAUGAAGAUCAUGUUUUGUUGUUUAAAAAGAGAGGCUGGAGUACUUGCAAAAAAUAAACACUGAACCAUUGUACAUUUAAAAGUUUUCUAAAAAGUUCGUUUUACGUUUUAACUUGAAUGCAACCUUGUGUUGCCUUCAGGUGAUGCUGGUUAUUUGAAUGUGUUUUGGGGUUUUUUUUUUCAGAAAAUUAAAUGGUUUCAAAUAUAACUGUUUUUAGUUUGUGUGUCCUAUAUCUGUAAUAAAGUUGUUUAUGUUUUGGUCAUACUUAAUUUUCUUUUAAUAAAAUAAAAAGCCUGA